UGUUCUCGCUAUUUGUUCAUGUACGUGUGUCUGUUUACUGCGGUUCGCCGAUUCCCGUUUACGUUGAAGUUUUUGGCAUAGAUUGCAAAAUCGUCAUAUACAGAAGCAUCCGCUAUCCACACUGGCAUUCGACCGAUAUUGCUCUUGUCGUAAUAAAUGUUUGCCAUAAUUAUUACGUCAGUCAUUCGAGUAUCGCAUGAGUUUUGAAUUCUCUAAUACAACUCAUUCGCAGAGACGCUGUUUUUGGCAAAAGUUUUCGUUUAUCUGAUGAAAUCAGUUCCAUCCAUAAAUUAUUGCUUCCGAUUAUUCUCCAUUAUCGCUUGCAGUUUAUGUAUAUUUGACGUUGCAUGGUGGUCAGUCAGCUGGCUUCAGUUUUUAGAAUUAUCGUUACUAGCUACAGGACAGCAAUCGUACGCCCAGUACGACUGAUAGUACUCGUCAGCACGAAAAGCGACGACUGAAAAGUCACAAAAUUUCGUUUUUAUGUGAUGAAGUAGCAAAAUUGUUGUUACGAACAUGGACAUGCGUUUAAUUCUUGAUGGAUACCCAGAGCGUUUUCGGUCAGCGAUACGAAUGAGGAGACACCGUAAAGCAGAGGAAGACAAAUUUCCGGCACGACAACGAGGUCGGCUGAUAACUGACCAGCCAUUAGACAGGAAGGAAAAGGGUAAAAAUAAUUUUCCACAUGGUACAAAAAUCGCUCGCAAGCGAUUAAAAAUUUACGGGAUACUGGAUACGGACAACAAACUGAUCGGUCCCGGGCCACGCGUGGUCAACGAAAGUGGACAAUAUUACGAGGUCGAGCGGAUUAUUGGUGCGUCGGCAGUCUGCGGCUAUCGAUCUUUCCUUAUUAAAUGGAUGGGCUGGCCUAUGGAUUGUUGUACGUGGGAACCGGAAACCGCCUUAUGGAACGCUGAUAGGGCGAAAGAGAUGUUUUUCGCUACCUACGGAACUCCCUCAUGCCAUACUAGAGUGAUUUUAUCAUCCGAAGGAGAAAGAUUUGAAAAGUGGAAGCAACUCCGCUCCACUGGUGUUCAGAAUCGCAUUUCUAUAAUCAGGAUGUACAGUAAAUGGUUGUCUUCUGCGUAGGAUUUUGUGUAAAAGUUACCGCAGUACGUACCUGUACCGAUACAUUGCUCGCUACCGGUACACGAUUUUCAUUUAUCAGCUGUGUUUUUGUGUCGCAAAGUUAAUUUCAUUAUUUCACACAAUGAUUCGGGAAAAAGAAAAUGCAUGUAGAGAUUGUAAGAGGCUAGUACGAUCACUGAUUGAUGCUUCUUAUCUCCGAUUCCGGUGCGAGGUGGAC